AUGGGAAGUGCGCACUUCCCUUUAUCCUCGAAGUAUCGCGAGGAGUGUGGCAAUGCGCGGCUUCUGGAGCUGCUGCACAUGCUGUGUAAGACAUGCCCUGACCGGGUCAGGAAAUACCUGGUUCAGUACAGGGCCUCCUUCAUACUCAAACGACUGCACAAGUCGGUCGGCUCUCCAGUGCAUCGACUCAUCCUGAAGCUGAUGAAGAAGCAAGUGCGGCAUCUUCCGCGCAAGUGGAAGCAGACCAACAUGAAAAUCCUCUCAGCCUGCUACUUGCAGGUGGCCAUGAGCCCGCUGGAAGACUGGCUGCUCAGCGAGCCCCGAGGAGAAGCCGGUCCUGAUGCAGCUUCAGUGGUGCAGGACUCGAAGGCUUCCAGCGCCAUGCGGACGAUGCAGGGGAGCACCCGGCCCCGUCCGUAUCACGGCGAUCUGGCAAAGGCUCCGCAAGUUCUGCGAAGACAUUUAGACCAGAUGCACUCUGACGUGUCUCUUGGAAGGCCUCACCCGGAGGACUGCCUUGGCUACCUGCAUGCUUUUCCAGAGUUUGCAGCACUUGACUGA